UUCUCGCUGCUGUAGAAGGUGAAGGUUUUCUCUGCUACUAAGCUUUCUGCAGCAGUGUUUGGAUUCCGAUCUCUUUUAAAAGUUUCAGUCACCGAAGAAAAAACAAUGGCUCGUUCUUUCUCCAACGCUAAGUUUCUCUCUGCUCUCGUCGUCGACGGUUUCUCGAGCUCUAUCACCAGACGUGGAUAUGCGGCGGGUUCGCAAGGAGUUGCGUCGAGCGUGGUGAGAGGAGGAGGUGCUGCUAAUCCCAGAAGCGUAAACGUGGCGAAGAAGAAUUCCGGUGAGGAAAAGGUGGGCUCCACCUUCAAGGUCUCGUGGGUCCCCGACCCAAAAACCGGGGUUUACGGACCCGAGAACGGCGCCGAGAAGAUCGACGCUGCCGAGCUGCGCGCGGCGCUCUUGAAGAAGCAUUAAUAAAAUUAAAGAUGAAAACAAAAACAAAAACAAAAAUUCUUGUAGUUUAUUGUUGAAACGUACGAGGAAGUUUGUACGAGGAAUGGGCUGUCGGCGUGUUUGUGUUUGAAUUCUUCGGAGUUCAGACUUGGCCGGAAAAUAUGUAUGAUUUGUGGUAAUAGCUGGUUCCUCCGUCCUCUGAUCUGAUUAGGGACUUAAGCAUGUAUUAGUUAACUUUGGCAAUAAAAGGAUUAUUAAUUCUCUAA